GUUGAACAAGACAACAUAACAAACUUCAGUAAAGAGGCUAUGCACUACCAACACUCAAACAAGGACGAAGAGUUUUAAAUUAUAUUAAAAUGGAUGUUAAAGAUGUACGUAAUCAUUCAAAUUGCAAUGCCAUUAGUGCAAAUGAGUCUGUACGGCAGACAUUAUCAGAGAUGGAGUGGGAAAGGAGUAUAUGGAAUGCAGCUUUUUCUGGAGAAAAAGACAGAGUGCUAUCAUUGAUCAGCAAAGCAAGUAGUCCAAAGGAACUUGUGAACAGUCAGGACAAUUCUGGCUACACUGCAUUACACUAUGCUGCUCGUAAUGGACAUGUUGAUAUCUGCAGCAUUCUACUUAAAAAUGGAGCUUAUAUAAACACCCAAACAAGAUGUGGAAAAGCUACACCUUUACAUAAGGCAGCUGCAGCAGGCAAAGAGGCAACAGUAAAGUAUUUAAUCCAGCACAGAGCACAGCUGGAUUUACAAGAUGCAGAUGGCAAGACAGCACUCCAUAAAGUGGUAGAAAACAAAAAACAUGGGCUUAUUAACGUUUUACUUGAGGCUUGUCCUAAAUUAAGAGAUAUAAAGGAUAAUAAGGGAAUCCUGGCUAUUGAAUAAAUAUAUUUUCUGUUAAAUUUCAAAGCCAGGUUCAACUUUUGUAUAUCUGCAAUAUUUUAACAAUAAGGUUAGGAGAUCAGUUUGACGGUAGUAAUGUACACAACUCAAAAUUGGUAGGUUUAAAAAGUGAAAGAAAAGGAAAGUACUUAUCACUUGUCAAUUUAGUGUGAAACAAAAUCGACACCACUCUCCAUCUCAUACUAUAAAAUAAAUAAUGUUAGUUUUCUAAGAACAUCAAUAGAAAAUUUAACAAAAUUCCAAUUUUGAUAAGGCUAGAAUACUCAGUAGACUUAUAAGUACCCAUGUAUCUGCGCGCGUUGGCAUUUAUACGAAAUUUGCAGCGAUGUCUUUUAUGCAUAAGUAUUUUAGUGGCGAACAAAAGAAAAUUUCAAAAAACAAAUAUAUUGCAAAUAGGUGAAAGUUA